UCUAAUAUUAGAAACGACGCCUUUAAAGCUAAUUAUUGCGUGAAUGCAAAGCGGCACACGAUUAGGGUUUUUGAAUUUCUGCCAAUUUUGUUCAAAAUGCAGUUGACGCUCGAGUUUGGUGGAGGAUUAGAACUUCUAUGUGAGUCUGUUAAAGUUCAUAAUGUCAAUGUUGAUAUGCCAAAAGGAGCAGAUAAGUUAACCAUGAAGGAUUUACUAUCAUGGGUUCGUACCAAUUUGAUCAAAGAGAGACCCGAAAUGUUCAUGAAAGGGGAGUCUGUGAGACCCGGUGUUCUCGUCCUUGUAAACGACUGCGAUUGGGAGUUGAGCGGUCAGCUCGAUACAACCUUGGAAGAGAAGGAUGUGGUAGUUUUCAUUUCAACUUUGCAUGGUGGAUAGAUGGUAUGACCAUCUAGGUUAUAUAUAGUUAGUAUAUCUUACAAACAAUCAUCACGAAGAGUGUAUCAGUUUUUUUUUCAAAAAGUGUUUUCACCUUUGAACUUCAUUAUUGAAGAUGUUAUAUGAAAUUGCAACAAAAUGUCUACUGUUUCACGUUCUUUAUC